ACUAAUUACUUUUAUCUUUUUCCUUUCUUAGUGUUACAAAAUUUGGUGUCCUAAAUUCUCCGACGAACAACGCUGCCGAUAACCGCCGGGAAAAUGACCGGGAAAUCCUCCGGCGAUCUCAACCACCACCACACUCACCUCGUUCUCAAAUACGCCGUAGUUUCUAGACUCAUUUUAGUCUCCUUAAUACUUCUCUGGCGAUCACUGCUCAGCCCUUACGACACCUCCGCUUCGAUAAAUCCUAGCUGCCUCUCCGGUUCGGAGUCCGGUUCGGAUACGGUGUACUUCCCGCGAUUAGCAUCGGCGAUUGAGGAUAGCAUUGUUUGGGAUAGUGUGUACUUCGUUCGAAUCGCGCAGUGUGGAUAUGAAUAUGAACAGACAUAUGCUUUUUUGCCUUUGCUUCCGAUUUGCAUUUCUUUGCUUUCGCGAACAGUAUUUGCCCCAUUGAUACCUUUUAUCGGACAAAGAGCUGUUCUCGGGCUGUCUGGCUAUGUGCUUAAUAACUUCGCUUUUGUUUUGGCUGCAUUUUAUCUUUACAGGCUCUCAGUUAUCAUCUUGAAGGACUCGGAGGUGGCAUUGAGAGCUUCUAUAUUGUUUUGCCUUAAUCCCGCUUCCAUAUUUUACUCAUCAAUAUAUACUGAGAGUAUGUAUGCCCUGUGUUCCAUUGGAGGAUUGUAUUUCCUCAUGAGGGGUUUAAAUAACUUUGCAACCCUUUGGCUUGCUCUCUCUGGAUUUGCAAGGUCGAAUGGAGUGCUUAAUGCUGGCUAUAUUUGUUUCCAGACAAUGCAUAGGUCCUAUGAAGCAGCUUUUGUUAGGAAGCAUGCUUGUGCAGCCUUGCUGGUUCUUAUUUCUGGGGCUUUGCGUAGCUUGUUUAUCGUUUUCCCCUUUAUUGCUUUUCAAGUCUAUGGGUACUUCAACAUGUGUGUGGGAGGGACUUCAGAUGAAAUGAGGCCUUGGUGCAAGGCAAGACUUCCUUUACUCUACAACUAUAUUCAAAGUCAUUAUUGGGGAGUGGGUUUCUUGAGGUAUUUUCAAGUAAAACAAAUUCCAAACUUUGUUCUUGCGUCCCCAAUAUUAUCUCUUGCAUUUUGCACAAUCAUACAUUAUGUGAAGUUGUGGCCUGAGGUUUUUGUCUCACUUGGGUUUCGGGUAUCCUCUCCAAAUAAAGAACUUGCUGCUUCAUCCAUUCCUCUAGAGAGAAGUGCAGGACCCAAGAGUGUUGGCUUUCCAGUGGAAAACAGAUCUGAUGCUGGGCAAGGCAACUCUCUUAGAAGGCGGAAACCAGCUGUGGGAGAAGAGAACUAUGUGAUACAGCCAUCAGAAGAUGAAGCAACAGAGAAUCCAGGAUUUAAACCAGUUACUAUUGUCCCCUUCAUUCUACAUCUUGUGUUCAUGGCCGCAACAGCUUUUUUUGUCAUGCACGUACAGGUUUCAACUCGAUUCUUGUCUGCCAGCCCUCCUCUCUACUGGUUUGGCUCAUAUGUCAUGGCAUCUCAUUGUCUUAGCAAGAGAUGGGGAUACAUUAUUUGGACAUAUUGUGCAGCUUACAUAUUGCUCGGCAGUUUGCUUUUCUCUAAUUUCUAUCCGUUCACCUGAGAUGUCUGGUAACAUUUCAUUAACUUAAAGCUGAACUUUCUUGUUGUCUGAUUCACCAUAAUCUGCCUCAUUUUUGAUGUAUCACAUCCAAUGGCUACCAUGCAGCAACAUCUGGCAUUCCAAUUUUGAAGGAUAAAAGUUGUAGCCUAUGAUGAGUAGAUAUAUGGAUACUGGUUUUGAUGAAAGAUGAAUUGUCGAGCAGUUCGCUUUUUUCACAUUUAACCCUUGAAAAGUUCCACUAACUUUUACAGUCUUUUGAUAUUGCAGUAACUAGAAUUACUAGAUUAUGGUACCUCCGAUGUUGCAGUCAAUUUUGUUUGGCAGAAUAGUUUGAGAUUAAGGAGCAGUUAGACUGAAAGUUAUUAUUUACCUUGUAAUAGUUGAUAUUGGAGCUGAUUACUUAUUCAAAUAAAGAAGAAGAAAGUUGAUAUAGGAGCUGAUUGUAUUA